AAGUUAGGGCAGAGCUGACAAUCACCUAUGCAUACUGCUGGGCUGGUUCUGUCUGGAUAAAUGCGCAACUUUACGGAGAUAUCAAUCGAAAAACGCGAUGAUAAGUCUCGUUUCGAGUUUCUGUUGAGUUUAGUUUAUGCAUCAUAUUGUUUUGGAUGCUUGCAGUUGUUAUAUAUUUUUGGCUAAAUAUUGCAGUUUAUUGUGAUUAUACUAGCUGGGUUUACGACAGUGACAGAGUAAAUUAACACAGUAUAUUUACUUUGCUCAUUCGGAUUGAAAAUUUGCAUAUCCUAACUGUAAUCGUGUGUAUAAUUAUAAUAGCCCCAUAGAGAGGCAUUUAAUAGGCACUGAGCAGGUUUCUUUCCGCUACAGUGUGUAAACCAUAGGUGUAAAAACAGUGGAACUCUUUGACUAAUGAAUAUUAAUUAGAUAACGUGACUGGGCGCACCAGGAAGCGAUAGGUAAUUCGUUUUUGCAUCAGAAAGCUUACUCACGUCGUGGAAUGAAUUGUGAAUUUCCUUUAGCGCCUUCGAUUGUUUUGUUUAUUGAACAGUGGCCACUUUUGGCCUAGAUCUGUAUAAUGGCUUGUAUGUUACAUCUCGGGAGAUCAUGAUACAAUCUUAAGAUUCUGUUUUGUGUGUGUGUGUGUUUUUUUUGUUUUGGUUGCGGCGUCGAUCAGUGCAUUCGAAAAUUCCCACGCUGUUAGAAAAAUGUAUAACAGCUACAUCGACAUCGGGGGAUCAUUAGUUAGUUCAGUAUGCGGAUCCUUAUGAGAACACAAAGCUAAAGGUGUCAUCAGUCACAUGCGGAAACACUGUGCAUUGUGAUCCUUUUUAGGCAGCAGAAAUAAAGAGAGGACUUGGUGGUCACAUACCAUAAUGAGGAGAACUGUCAAACCGUGGCUUUGUCAACCCAGCAAAAGGCUGCUUAUUUCUCUUCUGAGCUUGGCAAUGCUUUCACUGGCACUUUUAAAACUGCCUCUCUUUCACACGGACCCAAAGCCUGUUGAAGUACCAGUAGACAUCAUAUAUCGAGAGCACAUCCAUUCCUAUGUCAAAGAGAUACUGGCCAAAGAAUGCAGACCGUCUUUUGCCCGACAGAGAAUGGAAGCUGAACAUCACAGCUCCACACCAGUGGUUGAGCCCUUUUUGGACAAGAACACUCAUUUAAAUGAUAAAAUAUUCCAGUAUCCCCCACCAUUUGGUUUCAUGGAUUUGAAGAGCAAGCUUCAGGAAAUCUUGAACCUCCUACCAGCCUCUUCUGAAGUGAGACAUGGAGGGCGAGAUUGUCGUCGAUGUGUAGUGAUUGGAAAUGGAGGGAUACUGAAAGGAUUAGGACUUGGACAUCUUCUUAAUCAGUUCAAUGUCAUCAUCAGACUGAACAGUGGUCCUGUCCAAGAUUUCAGUGCCGAUGUGGGGAACCGCACCUCUAUCAGGAUGAGUUACCCUGAAAGCUGUCCAAAGGUGUGGGAAGAUAGGGAUUUAGAUCUCAAGUAUGUGACUGUGAUCUAUAAGUCUGUGGACUUCCACUGGCUUCGUGCAAUGAUUACCAAGACAUCCGUUUCGCUGUGGGACUGGCUGUUUUUCUGGCAGAAUGUGCCAGUGAGUGUUCCAAUCAAGGCCUCCCAAUUCCGUCUCCUGAAUCCAGAGAUUAUUAGAGAGACGGCCUUGGAUCUACUUCACUAUCCCAAUGCUAGAGAACGGCUCUGGGGCUGGGACCAGAAUGUCCCUACUAUAGGAGUCUCUGCUCUCAACCUGGCAACAUACAUAUGUGAUGAGGUCAGCUUAGCAGGCUUUGGCUAUAACCUCAGCCAGAAAGAGGCUCCUCUUCAUUACUAUGACGACAGACCCAUGACAUCCAUGUUAAAGGAAGCCAUGCAUGAUGUACAGACCGAGACUGUUUUUCUUAAGCAUCUGGUAACUUCAGGCAGUAUUACUGACCUUACAGGUGGGAUACACUGCAGCUUCUGUUCAAGCUAAAUGUAUUCUUUACCACCAAACACCUCUAUGGGCCAAGCUUUCACAAUAGCACAUGUGUAUAAGAAUUCAUGCAAGUGGAGGAAGAACUCGAAAACUCUAUCAAUGGAAAAAAAAAUUUGUUUUAGUAACCUGUGAGACUGAUGCUGUGACUUUUAUUUUAUGUCAAAGUUUUAAUUUUCAUUUUAGUCUUUUGUUUUAAAAAGAUGUUUUGCCAGAAUACAUUUUGUUGUUAUUUGAAGCAAUUUGUCUGGCAACUGUCAGGCAAAAGUCUGUUUUUAUUUAAUUUAAAUUGUUCAUUUUUUUUUUGUCUGACCAUGCUUAAAAUUUGUCAUUUACAAUUAUGUAUGUAAUAUUUUUCACUGCAAUAACUGUACUUUUCCAACAGAUGGAGCAGUUGCAGUUUUCCUGCAAGUGUGGGUCUUUUAAAUUGGUAUAACAACAGUAAUAAUAAUAAUUACACACACAGAAAACAUUUAAGUUUAAAAGGUUUUCAGUUAAAACCCUAUAGUAUUGUCAAUUCAAAAUCCAUAUUAAGUCAUAAGGCACAUUGUUAGUUCUUAAUUGUGUCUUCUUUUUUUUAAUUCUGUAUACACAAAUUAAUGCAAUAAAUACAAAAUAAAAUAAAGAAAUAUUGUGA